UUGUGUAAAUUUAGAUCUUUAAUUGGCACCUUUAAUGUAUCCCUGAGGAAGGGUAAAUUGGUGUUUAAGGGGGUGAAAUUGUAAGAGAAAGUGGAAUUCGCAUCCCAAACGAUAUCAUCAGUGGAAAAUGCGUGCCUAUGUGUUUCCCACAGACAAGAAAAACUUUGUCUUACACGCACACACGCAUGCGUUUAAAUUUACUGGUACCUUCUUCUAUGAUUCUCAAACUUUAUUUUUUCUAUUUUUAUUUUUUUUUUAUAAGUUUAUUGAAUUGUCUUGGGUUAAAAUUGGAUGAAUGGGUAUUUUUGGAAAUUGUCGUGAUUUUAUUUUGAAAAUUAUAUAGUCUUUAUGCAGUGGAUAGGCUAAGAAUACUUUCGGUCACUUUUAUUUUCGACAUUCUACGGAGUUGCGCCUUUCGUGAUUGCGUGCUGCACAGUGGAGUAAUAGAGAUGGGUGGCCGGGUCGCUAAAUCGUUGUUUAGCUCUCAGUCCCGGAUUGACUGUUGCUGGGGUGCGACCCGGCUCUCAUUUCUGUAGAAAGCUCUUUCAGUGGGUAGUGAUUUCUUGUGUAUCAAAUUCCAACUAUAUUGAAUUAGACUCUUAAAAUAAAAGAAAUAUAUAAUAUCCUUCCGCAAAAAAAUUUCAUUGGAAAAGCAAAAUUAAAAAAAAAAUAAAAUGUGAAAUGUAGUACUGCAAUAUUAGUGAAAGAAAGGAAAAAAAAAAGAAGAAAAAUCCUGUGCAAGAAACUCUGUGUGACAAAAUCUCUUAUCCCUGUGCUUUGCAGCAAAAAUUUAUUAUUCACUGGAUUUAUUGCUCCUGGGGAACAAAACAAGAUCCGGGAAAUUUUUUUUUGGUGGAUACGGAUAAAAUUUAAUAAAAAAAAAGUACAAAAGUUUUUGAAAUCUGUGUGGGGACGAAGGGGUAUUUGCAAUAUUUCUCCCAAAAAACUUUUGUCAUUAUCAUCAUUGCAGAGAGGUGUGAAAAUUAAUGAAAAUUUAAUUAUUGUACAAUGAUACAGCAACAGGACUGCGUGAAAUGGAUGUGGUGGUGUCUAUAUGAAUAUUAUAGCAAUCUGUAACGGUGGGAAUAGUUAAUAUCUAUGACAAAUUCUCAUUGAGGAAAAAUUAUUGAGUGGUGCUUGCUGUGUGGUUAGUGGUUGAUAUAUUGAAAGAGGCAAGCGUGGCGGGGCAGCAGAUUCGGCGUCUAGGCUCCUGGGGCCUGUGUCAUGCACGCCAGCACAACAACAGACCGGGGCGGGGGUGGCGGUGGCGGAUCAUGGCGGUUACCUCCCGACGAGACUCUCCAAGUGGGGGACCCCAAGUCCAAAGAAGAGGUAUUCAACGAAAACGAUCUAGCCUACACUCAAGAGGGUCACAACUGGCGAAGCAUAAUAUUCUCUCUUCUUGUAAUUGGAUUCGUAGUGGCGGGUAUUGUAACAGCAAUUUACCUUUUAGGAUACGUAGACGAAUUGCUAUAUUGGUCGGGGAGACGUAUGAUAUUAGAUGAAUAUAUACAGGGCGACUUGGCGCCAAAUCGAUUGACACCCACUUGGGUGACUCGUAGUAAGUUCGUUUUUCAAUCUGAUGAUGGGGGCCUUGCUGUUCUGGACACUGCCAAUGAUUCGGUUACAACACUUGUUACAAAUCAUACGCUGAGGCAAUUAAAUGUUAAGGGUUAUCAAUGUUCUUCAGAUCUACGAUAUGUUUUAUUUAAACACAACGUCAAACAGGUGUAUCGAAAUUCAUUCACAGCUUUUUAUACCGUUUACGAUGUAACAAAUGAUCAUCACAUGCCAGUUACGUUGAAAGAUUCACCGAAAGUACAACGCACUCGUCUCCAGUUUGCAACGUGGCUGGGGAACACAACCGCCUUGGUAAUUGUCGCUGACAACGAUAUUUACCUUCGACAAUCACCCUCCGACGAGGAGGAUAUUCGCCUGACGAAAACUGGCCAGUCGGACACUAUUUACAACGGUGUUCCUGACUGGUUGUAUCAAGAGGAAAUAUUUUCCUCGCCUGAAGCUAUUUGGGGGUCAUCGGAUGGAACUCAUAUCAUGUACAUGUCAUUCAAUGACACCAGUGUCAAUGUCAUGUCAUAUCCGUGGUUUUCUGCGGGUCCAAUGAUUGCUGCAAGUGGUGUUACCAGUGGAGGAAUAUUCCCAGAGACACGCACUCAACGAUAUCCAACGCCCGGAACUUUGAAUCCUGAAGUUCAACUUUGGAUUCUGGAUGUUACCAAUGUAUCAGAUAUUCAACGAAAUCGCGUAAAGCCACCUGCAGCACUGGAAGGACAGGAAUAUUAUUUGACGUCAGCCGAAUGGGUGGAACCCAAUCAUCAAGUGUCUGUUGUAUGGAUAACACGUGCACAAAACCUUAGUAUUGUUUCAGUCUGCUUUGCACCUAAUUGGACAUGUACUGAGACUCACUCUGAAAGUGCACCAGAAAAUGAAUGGCUGGAUAUCUUGCCGCAUCCAGUAUUCUCCCUGGAUGGGGACAGUUUUCUCAUGCUGGCAGGAAUUCAGGAAACAGGCACAGAACAUUUUACUCAUAUCAAACACGUUACAAUAACUCAACAGCGCCUUUCUGUGAUUUCACAUGGAAGAUAUGAGCAAGUAGCUGUGAUAACGCAUGGUAAACAUCACCAUCAGGUCCUCAGAAUUUUGGCAUGGGAUAUGGUGAAUCAUUUGGUUUACUAUUUGGGUACACAAGAUAAGAAACCUGGCCAGAAACACCUGUACGUGGUAAAGGAUCCGGUGAAUGAGGAUGUAAGAAGAUCCGAACCACAAUGUAUCACCUGUGACCUGGGUGAAGUGCUAUGGAGUAGUCGAUACUAUUAUAGUAAUUGUACCCACUUCGAAGUGCAUAUGAGUCCAACUUCUUCCAUUUCAUCAGACGUAGGAAUCGAAUAUUAUAUCUUGGAGUGCCUCGGUCCAGGACUUCCGCUAUCAGGGGUCCAUUCAGCAGAAACCCAUCGCCUUGUUCGCAUUCUAUACGAUACACGACCGUAUCAUACAGAGAGAUUGCAACAGCUCGCCCUCCCAACUAGUCGUUCCUACGAGAUACCCCUGUUGCACGGUACACGGGCACAGGUGCAGAUCCUCCUUCCACCCAGUUGGAGAGAAGAACUGAGAGAUGCAGCAUUUCCGGUGCUCGUUGAAGUGAAUGGCAGACCUGGCUCCCUUACAGUUUCCGACAAGUUCAGAAUUGACUGGGGUACCUAUAUGUCCAGUCGCAAUGACGUGGUGUACAUUCGACUAGAUGUGCGGGGUUCCAAAGGCCAAAGUAAAUCCGCCCUGUAUCGACAUUUGGGCGGUGUUGAAGUUCAGGAUCAAUUAUCUGUACUUAGGUAUUUGCUGGACACUCUCAAAUUCCUCGAUGAGACUCGUGUGGGUGUUUGGGGCUGGGGCUAUGGCGGAUAUGUGACGUCGAUGCUGAUGGGGUCGCAGCAGAAUGUGUUCAAAUGCGGAAUUGCGGUGUCCCCCAUAACCGAUUGGCUCUAUUACAAUUCAGCAUUUACGGAAAAAAUUCUUGGAUUACCUGCGGAAAACUACAAGAGCUACGUUGAGGCUGAUGCUACGCAAAGAGCUCGUCAUAUUCCAUCCUAUUCGUUCUUCCUGUUGCACGGACUAGCUGACAAUUCUGCUCCCUAUUUGCAUGGAAUUCAGCUGGCCAGGGCACUCACAGAGGCUGGAGUUCUAUUCCGAUAUCAGAGUUAUGCUGAUGAGGGGCAUGAAUUAACAGGAGUCGUUGAGCACGUAUAUCGUUCCAUGGAGGAAUAUUUGAGAGACUGUUUGAUUCUAGAUCCUGAUGAUUCGCGGCCAAGGAAGAAGAAUACUGAGUGAUUCACUUUACAAAGUUUUCCAGAUCGAAAUUGUGAAUGUGCGAAAAAUCAACUGAAAUCAAAAUAAUGAAAAGGUAUAUCAAAAAAAAAACUAGAUUCAAAGUGAAAAUUAAUAUUAAAAAAAAAAACAAAAUACCAAGUCAAGCUUAAUGCUAAACUCUAGGAGGGAUUAAUAAUAGUGAUUUUCUUUCGUAUCACUCCUGGGUAACGAUUGUGAAUAGAUAUUUUAUAGAAAUUUGUUUUACGUUUUUGGAUAUUAGUACGGGUUUUAAGUUUCAGAUAUUGCAAGUAUUAUGCUAAUGAAUAUGAAUAUUUGAAUUUCAAGUGAUCCAAAAUGGCCUAAUUUCAUUAAUUUAGAUUAAAUACAAAUACCAAAUGGUGUUUAAUUUAAUUUCACAAUCGCUGCCCUGAUCUCGGUAUCAUAGGAAGCAAACGGUGGCGCAAAAUAAGGACACUGCAGUGGAAAUUAGUGGAAGAAAUUGAUAGAAGAAAGACACGAAAGAGACAUUGAACGUGAGAUAUGUUUAAAAUGUUAACAAUUAAAGUGCUUUAAACAGUCACCCGUACUUAAAACAGAUAUAUCGAACUAAGUAAUAAAAGCAAAAGGUCUCUGAUUUCUUUUUAGACGUUUUUUUUUUAUUUUUCUCUAAAGUUACCUUACUAAAAUAAAAAAAAAAAUAUUUAUUUGUUUCAGAGGAUUGUAAUUACAAAUCUUUUUGUUUUCGUGUAUAAAUGCUAAGUAGCAAUAAAAUAUUAUAUAUAGAUUCAAAGAAGACAAAUAUAAAGUUACACUAUUUAACCGUCAAUUAAUUUAUCAUUCUGUUGAAGUCUUGAAGUAUAUGUGGUAAAAGUAGAUAGUAUUAAAAAUAAUAAAUUGGUUUUAUAAGACGAAAAA